AUGGGUGGAAACGAGGGCUCUCGAGAGCCACAGGAAAUUUACAUUCUGGUCACCGGGGCAAAUAGCGGUCUCGGAUUCUCGAUAUGCUGUCGCCUUGCCGACGAAUUCCUUUCCUCACACCCUGAAGAAGACUCACUUACCGUCAUAUUUACGACACGAAGUUCCCGAAAGGCUCAGGAGACCCGCCGCCGUCUAGAAGCACACCUGAAAUCCUCCGCAUCCUCCUCCGAGACCCCUCGCGUGAAAUUUGUCUCCGAGAGUGUCGACCUCGGCGACCUUCUUUCGGCUCGCAAACUCUCCCGGCGACUUCUACGCACGAUCCCCAAGCUCGACGCUAUCAUUCUAAAUGCUGGAAUUGGCGGUUGGUCCGGACUCAAUUGGCCCGCCGCUGUCUGGGGCGUGUGCACCGACCUAAUCCAGCAAGUGACAUGGCCUACCUAUAAGGUCGCGCCUGCUGGUGUCCUGACGCGUAAGCAGACAGAGAAGGAAGAAGAGCCGCCGCUGGGGUCGGUAUUCUGUGCCAAUGUUUUUGGUCACUACAUGCUGGCGCAUAACGUGAUGCCCCUAUUGAAGCGCGCGCAAGCACCCAGUGGACCGGGCCGCGUGAUUUGGGUAUCAAGCAUCGAGGCGACGGUCAAGGCAUUUAAUGUCGAUGACAUCCAGGGCCUGAAAACUUGUGUCCCGUAUGAGUCGUCCAAGGCCCUCACCGACAUCCUGGCCUUGACUUCGGAUCUCCCUAGUGCCGCGCCGUGGGCCAUCGAUAGUUUCAUGCAUUCGGACGAGGAUUUCGAUACUGGGGACUUGUCUCCUACCUCGAAUACCCCGGCCAUAUAUCUUUCGCAUCCUGGCAUUUGUGCGACAUCCAUCGUACCCCUCCCGUUGCCCCUCAUAUGGGCCAUGGUAGCUGCGUUUUGGCUUGCGCGCAUGCUAGGCUCCCCUUGGCACACUAUGUCCACAUACCUUGGUGCCUGGUCACCUGUCUUCCUCGCACUGUCGACCACAGCUGCGCUGGGCGCCGCCGAAUCUCCUUAUCGUCAAUCGGGCGGUGGCAGGGUGAAAUGGGGUUCGUCUGCCAGCCGAUCCGGAGUAGGCAACCUGUGUAGCACCGAGAUCGAGGGCUGGGGAUACGGUGGUGUUGUUGGUGCUCCUGUUGUUGAAGCCGAUCGCCUUCGCCGUCGAAAGCGCGGUGCGACCGAUUUGACCCUAGAGGAGAAAGAGAAUUUUGAAGAGCUGGGGCGCCAGUGUUGGAAACAAAUGGAAGAAAUGAGAAUCAAGUGGGACAGCAUCCUCGAUGAGGCAGAGAAGAAGAAGCCUACGGCUGAAAACGCUCAGUGA